CGAAAAGCAACGCGGACCUUCACUUCUGUUGAAAAAGGCAGGAAGCAUGGCUCCGUUCUUGGUCGCCAUUUUCUUGCUCGGCCUUUCAUCUCUGGCCACCGCAGCCAACUUCAAACAAGUCUUUGGCUGGAAUGAAUUGGACUACGAGUGGCCGUCGGAGGCCAGCAGGACACUGGCCCUGAAAAAUGGAACUUUCAAACCUGAGAAUAUAGAUCCGCGUUUCAUGGCUGUCUACGGAUCAAGGCUAUUCCUCAGCCUGAACAAAGAUGACGGAAUUCCGGUGACUUUGGUGUCCAUGCCGACGAGCAGCGCGUCCUCCGCAGCCCCGAAGCUCACUCCAUUCCCUUCGUGGGAGAUGAAUGGACACGGAGACUGCAGCAAGAUCCAGCAGGCAAAAGGGCUUCAAGUGGACUCCGUUGGAAGGCUGUGGAUGCUCCACCAGGGAAGCGACACCUGCAAAUCCAAUUUAUGGAUUUUCAACUUGAAAAACAACCAAACCGAACUCAUUCAUCCGUUAUCUUUUCCCGGCUGGGUGCAAGAUUUGGUGAUCGACGAAACGCCAAACGGAACCUUCGCCUACAUCACGCGCUGGUGGUUUGAAAAAGGCUUUCUCGUCUUCAGUUUGGAGAAAAAUGAAUCUUGGAUUGUGGACAUGCCAGAAGUAGAUGCUUAUUCCAUUGCCCUGUCCCCCAAAAAGCUCUACUUCAGCGCAUUCAGCUCCAGGAAACUGUAUUCAAUUUCCGUUGCCUCAAUCAGGAACGGAACUCGAACUGCAAAUCCGGAACUAAUCGGAAACUGGACUGCAAGAUCGUAUAGAAUGCUGAUUGACAGUCACGGGACCAUGUAUACCGCUUUCACGUGGAAGGAUUACAUGUCCUCUUGGAACUCUUUACAGCCAUUUCACGAACAACGAGUUUAUCAGGUCGCCGGUUUGGACAUUGUUAGGCCAUUUACUUUUUCCUUGGACCAAAAUGGAAAUCUUUGGAUGACGGUCUUUGACAAUAAAAGAAAUCCAAAAUACAGGCUUUUGAAGGCUGCUGUUGGAGCAAAAUCACCAGAAUGCGGCACUUCAUGUCACAAGAAUGAAACUGCAGCCUAAGGUUUCCAGGAGUGUCCCUUUGCUAGGUUAGCUGAAAGGGUGGCGAAAACUGACCAACCCUGAGAGUGCACCCGCGCCUGCUCGACUUCCCUGCAAAGCUCCGAGACCUUUGUAAAAAAUUAAAUUCGAGUAGUAGUUUGGAUAUUAAAUGUUUGAAA